AUAUUGUAGUCCAUUAGGGGGCGGUAAUGCAACAUAUUGGAUACGAACCGCUCUUUAACACCGAAUAUGGUGAUGAAGAAGAAGAAAACGGAAGCGCGAUUGCGCACGCAUCUCCGAUUUGAGACAUGGUGGCAUUUAUCAACAUCGUUUGCCUAAAUAGAUCUCUUACAAAUGUCGAAUUGGUCCAAUAUCAACAUUUGCCAUAGCGUGAGAACUGGAAAUAUACUGAUUAUUUAUUGCUCAUUGGCUAGCAAAAUUGUUUAAACAUAUUUACUUAGUCACAGCGAAUAAAUACUGGGCUGGACAGGAUGGCCAGCUGCAAUUUUCAGGAGCAGUUUGUAUCCAUUAUGGAGGUAUUGGCUAAAGCAGCUGUAGCAGAAAUAAACAAACGUGUAGAUGAUAGCUGUGCUGUUAUACGUUUGGAAAUGACCCAAAGCCAGCGAGAUAUUGAUGUAUUGAAAAGGAAGUGUCAAAUUAUGGAGAGCGAGUUGAAGAAGACGCGCAGACGAAAGGGUAGUUGUGUUAUUAUUCAUGGUAAAUUGAUUGAAUAUGCAAAAUCCAAAUGUGUGAAUAGCCAUAAUAUUUGACCAAAUACAAUUAUUUUCUAGGUUUUUACCCCAUGGCAUCAGAGAGAUCUCCAUAUCCAGUCAAGAUUGUUUUGAACAAGCAGAGGAGUAGCUCACAGUGGAGAGACAGCGAGAUGUCUGUUGAAGGGGACUCUCAACCCCAUGUGUGAUACAUCAACUUUUACAAUUACAGAGACCUGACAUCUUGGAUCAAUUAUGUUAUUGGAUUAUCAGGAGAAUUUACUGCUUUUGUGUGAUUCAUGAGCAUGAAAAGGGUAAGAUAUGGUGUGUGUCCUGAGUAAUAACCUCUUUCCCUGUUACAGCCUACAGAUGUGGAGCAGAGAGUGGAGACUGAACCCAUACUGAUCAAAGAUGAGGAGACAGCAGAGGAUGUGUGGAAGACUGACCCUCAGGAAGAGUUCAGGAUCACUGGAGAGGAGUCUGGUUCCAAGCCUGGAGAACCACCAUCCUUUGAGCAACGGCACCGUGAUGAGGACUUCAUCACACAACCCAAUAUAUCUCCCAGAGACUCAGUGGAACAUUACACCAAUUCUGAUCGUCCAGAGGAACCAGGAACACCCCGGCUCGCAUCUACAGAGGUGUUCAGUACAGAGCAGCACCGGCCAGACGAGGACGACGACUCACUAGACCUAGUGAUGGUGAAGGAUGAGAAAGAGGAGGAGUUAGAUCAGACCACGGCCCUGGCAGGACCUGACCAGUUUGUCAUGGAUGAGUCUGAUGGGCAGCUGUGGACCUCUGUGGAUCCAGGCGGAGACAGUGACCCUGUCUGCCACCCAGAUUUCUCCUUUCAUUCCACAGAAGAGUACUCUCAGAAUAUCUCAAUUUUCCCAUCUCAUAGGGGGCUGCCAUCUUUUCCUACUAUGACAGGUGAAGUAGGGCCAUCGCUUCACUCUUCUAUAUGGAAACCACAUGCUAACAUGUUCAGUGCAGCAAAACACAUGACAAGACAUGUCAGGACAUUGGCUGAUGAGACUAGACAACAGAUGCCAGAGGGACAGAGCAGUGAGAUGCUGAACUCAAGUAAUGAUGGAAAUAGUUUAGCUCUACAGCCAAGGCAGCAUCAAUACAGGGCUUCAGAAGCAACAGUGAGAUUGAGUGAGUGCAUGACAGGGUCAAACAUGGCCACCACCUCCACCUUCUCAGGAUAUAGCCUGAGUCGCAGUAGUUUUAACAUGGUGAAGAGAAUGAGGACUCAGUGGAGUUCUGGCAGCACCACCGAGAGGCGUUUCAGCUGCACCUUCUGUGGUAAGAGUUUCCCACGUUUCUGGCAGCUCAAAGAACACCUCCGAAGUCACACCGGAGAGAAACCGUACACCUGCGAACAGUGUGGCAGGAGUUUCACCAAGCAAUGCAACCUGAUCAGACAUGCUGUGGUCCAUAGCGGAGAGAAGCCCUACAAGUGCACACAGUGUGGGAAAUGCUUCACUCAGCGCUCCAGCAUGAAGUCACAUCAGAGAACUCACAUAGGAGAGAGUCCAGUGUCUCAAUACGUGGCACCCGCAUACCCUGGGGAUCCACACAAAGUUUAAUGUAGUCUCAGAACAGAUGGAACAAAUAGGAACAUAAUUGCAUUAUGCUUCGGAAACAAUUUCAAUGUGAAAAUGUAGCUCAAUCAUCCCUACUCGCUAUCUUCUACACUAUCUGAUGUGCUUUCUUUUUGUAUCCAAUACCUCUACUGAUACACUCCCCUAUGUAUUUAUUUGCACAGUGAAGCUACAACUUUUAAUUUGGCUUUAUACUCCAGGAUUUUGGAUUUGAGAUCAAAUGUUUUUCAUGAGGCGACAGUACAGAAUGUCACCUUUUAUUUGAGGGUAUUUUCAUACAUCUGUUUUACCAUUUAGAAAUUAAGGCACUUUAUGUAUCUAGUUCCCCCAUUUGAAGGUGGCAUAAGUAUUUGGACAAUUUCACUUAGUGUAUAAAAAUCUGUCAGAAGUUUAGUACUUCGCCCCUUAUUCUUAGCACCUAAUGACUACAUCAAGCUUGUGACUCUACAAACUUGUUGGAUGCAUUUGCAGUUAGUUUUGGUUGUGUUCUGGAAUAUGGUGCGUCAUUUUGGAGUCACUUUUAUUGUAAAUAAGUAUUGAAUUUGUUUCUGAACCCUUCUACAUUGUAAACCCUACCAUGACUACGGAUAAUCAUAAAUUGAUCUUGAAUAAUGAUGAGUGAGAAA